AGUCUGAAGUUGCAUCGCUACAUGGAUUUCAACCGCUAAAUUUAAGGGCUAUUAUUUGUCCAUUUCAUUUCUUCAUUAAAUCGUCUCCAAGAGCAUGGAAUGAAAUCUAACCCUCGAUGAAAAGAGAAUUCUGAUUUUUCUCGUCAAGAAUCAGCCAAACCUUUGGCUGAACGGUUUAUGGAGAUACUACAAUGCAAAUAAAUCAAUAAGAAUGGGGAUUUAAUAAGUUGAAUUUAAUCAGUUGAAGUAAAGACAGUCCUUGAGAUCCGGUAAUUUAGGUAUACCUUUUUUCUGGAUUUAAGUAUGUUUCACUCAUAAAUCUUAUUCCGUAAAUUUGUUGAAUAGAUACAUUUCAUGCAUUUUGUAUAUAUCUCAAGCAAAACAUGUAAUGAAUUUCGGUGCAUAUUCUCUUCCGGUGUGCAAAGUUGUUUAUAGCAUUUUAACCUUUAAAUCUGGCGGUUGAAAUCCCACGUUGUGAUGCAACUUCAGACUAUUGCUGCUAUGGCACUCUUUCAAAAAAUAAAUGCAAUUUUACUGAAAAAUUGCGGAAUUUAUUAGGAAUAAUUUCCUACUUUUGAUGAAAACUACCCUACUCCAUCUAAAACUAUAAUUUCUGGUCUUUUCGUUGCCUUUUUUUUCAAUUUUGAAAAGACCAUUUUGUGCCGUUUUGAGGACUUGAACAUUUUUUCACUCAAAAACUAGAACAUUCUACAAGAUGAAGAUCACUCAGGCCUUAUGUAGACAGCAUCUGGGAAGGAUGAUCAAAUUCAACUGGUUCAUGGCGACGAAGAAAAGACCACUUGAAACUCACACAGAAUUCCAUCUUGCUAAAAUGGGAAUUCCUAUCGUAGAUCCGUUAGACAUUGUCAACCCCAUCAAGGAACGUAUAGAUGUAUCGCAAUACUUCGAGCAUAUGCCAAAUCAACCGCCAAUCCCUAAGGACGAGAAUCACCCAGAUUAUAAAUUAAGACCAUGUUUGAAAGUCAUGGGGCACGAUUUAUUAGUUCAGGGGACUCAACAGGCGCAGGUGCUCACGAAAUCUCUGCUAAUUAAAGACUCAUUGCCAGAGAAAGUUGAGAGUUUGCUAGAGAAUACUAGUGAAGAGGUCGAUGAGACUGUUCAAAGAAUUAUUCGUUCAUCGAACAUUUAUGAUGCACAUCAGGAGAAGAUACCUAAAAGAAAAAAUCCAGAAAAACCUGCUUGGAAUUACCCCAGAGAUUACGGUCUAACUGACAUUAGAAAAUCUCGAAAUUUAACUAUAAAAAUGCUCCAGCUUUGUGAAACCCUGUGUGGAUUCAACGUAGCGCAGCAGAGACAGAUUAUUCAUAAUGGAUUAGUGCAAGUACCCUUAGUCAAAGACGGAGAUCUGGUGGAAUUCUCAAUGAAGAUGGAUUUACUCAUGACAUCAAUGAUUCCUUUGACACCGAUGGGUUCCACUGCAGAUGCAGCAGAUAAAACCCUUCCAGAGCUUUAUCCCCUUCUAUCGACAGCUGGCUUACGGCGUUAUCACUUUUACGAUUUGAAAUUGUUGUAUCCUAUAGCCCAAGGUUCCCCUUGGUCCACUCCUCACACGAUUUUCAUCUAUCAUGACUGUCAGCGAGUAAAAAACUUGACGGAAAUUCCAGUGGAACAAGAUCAGCUAUUUGCAAGAUCUCUGAUUGAAGCAUUUGCAACAACGGCGACUUAUGCGAGACAAAAAUACGGUGACUCCGUCGAAGACUUACCAGAGCCAUUGGCGGUUCAAUGUGUUCACGUAGACGGCCAGAACUUCCACUUCUCUGUGUUUCAAUUGAACACUCUUAACAUCGAGGAAAAAGAGGGAAAAAUGAAUUACUGGUGGUGUUCACCACAGAUCAGUCUGUUUGAACAAGCGAAAUAUGAGAAUGCCAGACCAGUGCUUGAGGGAUACAAUCCCGAUGUAUUUAAGCGACUAUUAGCGUUCUAUAAGAAUGUUUAAAUAAACGUAAUAAAUUUUGUACAUAUUUGUCUUCAUCAUAACAUGAA